AUGUCUGUCGCGGACGAAGAUGGCGCAGGACAAAACGGCAAUCCGGCAGGCGCUCAAGCAAGUUUAUUGACAAGCGACGUCAAAGGGCUUCCUUGCUUUAACCCCAGGGAAGACCCAACGAAUUUGGCUGUGAGAUGGAAGCGCUGGAAGCGGUCAUUUAAUGUGUUUUUAACGGCAAAGGGAGUAAUAAAUGACAAACAGAAAGUGGCAUUACUUCUGCAUACGGGGGGGUUGCAGUUGCAAGAACUAUAUUUUACAUUAGUAAACGAAGACGAAGAGAAAGAGUUUAAGGAUUGCGUCAAGGUCUUGGAUGAGUAUUUCGUCCCUAAAGUGAAUCUACCGUUUGAGAGACACCAGUUUCGUCAAAUGAGUCAGAUGAACGGCGAGAAAGUGGAUCAUUUUGUUUCGCGUCUUAGGCAAAAAGCUACUACGUGCGAAUUUCAGAACGUGGAAGAAGCAAUUCGAGACCAACUAAUUGAGAAAUGUGGCGACUCAAAGCUUAGACGGAAGUUUCUUGAACGCGUUAAUGCAACACUCAAGGAUUUACAAGAUAUUGCGCGGGCAUAUGAGGCGGUAGAAGAGCAGUUGAAAUCAAUGGAAGGUUCGAAUACAGUAAACGUUGUGAGUCAUAAAUCGCGUUGGAGCGGACGAAAAGAGAAAAAGGUCAACACAGAUCAGAAAGAGCGCAGAUACUCAGCCAAGGGGACUGGGCACGACAACAAGGAUAACGUACGACGAUGUUACAACUGUAAUAAAACUGGGCACUUUGCUCGAGACGCAAAUUGUCCAGCAAAGUCCAAGAGCUGCAAUAAAUGCGGAAUCAUAGGUCACUUCUCAGCUUGCUGCAAAAAAGCAGGGGAGAAGCACAACAAGGAGAAAGAAAAAAAGGAGGAGAAAAGAGCAUAUAAAGUCUCUGAGGAAGAAGGAAAAACACCAACAAGAGAUGACUAUGCCUUUGUUAUUGGUGGGCAUGGACAAAAAGAUAUGGGUCAGGUGGAUCUAAUUAUUGGAGGAGUGAAACUAGAAAGUAUUUUAAUUGACUCAGGUGCAACAUGGACAUUUACAGCAGAGAUUGUGUGCGAGGCAAACAGUGAAAGAUGUGUAGACGAUUUCACUGUGAUUAAAGAGAACGGAAGGCCUAUAUUGGGGAAGAAAACAGCCGAACAAUUGAAAGUACUCAGGGUUGGACCUGAAGAAAUAAUAAGAACUGUUAACACGGUCACACAAGAGGGAAGUGAUUCAGAUAUUCGUGAGGAGUUUGCUGAUAUUUUUACUGGAGUCGGACUACUUAAGGAUUACAAGCUGAAACUGCAUAUCGAUGAGGAUGUUAUACCAGUUGCUCAGCCGGUGCGUAGACUGCCAUUCGGUCUAAGGGACAAAGUAGACGAUAAGUUAGACGAGUUACUCGACAUGGGUAUUAUCGAAGAAUUGCCAGAAGCAACACCUACAAGGUGGGUUUCACCAUUAGUGGUUGUUCCAAAAGCAGAGGGAAAGGAUAUUCGAGUUUGUAUCGAUAUGAGAAGGGCAAACGAGGCGAUUAUAAGGGAAAGACAUCCUAUUCCGACCAUAGAAGAAGUUUUGUAUGAUUUAAAUGGAGCAACGGUAUUUAGUAAGAUAGACCUCAAAUGGGGGUUUCAUCAAGUGGAACUCACAGAGGAUUCAAGGGACAUUACGACGUUCGUGACACACCGGGGGUUAUAUAGAUAUCGUCGACUGAUGUUCGGAAUUACUUCAGCUCCAGAGAAGUACCAGAAAAUAAUCUCAGAUGUUUUGGCAGGGUGCAAUGGGGUGGCAAAUAUUGCGGAUGAUCUUAUUGUUUACGGGGCUGAUUUAUCCGAGCAUGAUGAGAAUCUUUAUAAAGUACUAACACGUCUGCGAGAGAAAGGUCUUACCGUAAAUGGGGACAAAUAUUGCAGAGCCGUUGCGUCGUGUACUAAGAAAGGGACAGUCGUUCGUUUGGGGGUCAGAGCAACAGCAGGCGUUUGA